AUGUACUUUGUGAUGAAUGGACCUUGGCAGAAAGCACAAAAUGUGUUGCGACGAAGAGCUUCAUGGAUCCACUUUAAACCAUCUUUGCAAGAACUCUCCCAGCCCUCCCACCCCAGCAUAUCCUACUCAAAAGCCUCCCCUAAGAUCCACUCCAAAACCCUGCCCACUCCUCUCCCCGAGCUCGAAGGCAUCAAUGCGGCACCCCACGUGGCCGUGACGUCGCUAACGCCACCGUCUUCCCCUGAGCAGGGAAGACAUCUGAUUCAAAACCAAUGCAGACUCUAUACAGCAGCGGUGGACGGUAACAUUGACGCUGGAAGCUUGUGGCCAAAAAAGGUGGGCUGGUGGCGGCGCACGCAUUACCGUCCGCAGUGCCAAGCGGCGGAGGCUUUGGACAAAGAGUUCCAGCCGGACCUGGUGGCGUCCAAGUCCCAGGCAGCUGCGGGCCUCUGCUCCUGGGUGCUGAACAUUGUCAAGUUCUACCAGGUCUACUGUGAGGUGGAGCCCAAGAGGCAGGCUCUGAGCAAGGCCAACCUGGAGCUGGCAUCGGCCCAGGACAAGCUCCGCACCAUCAAGAACAAGAUCAAAUUUUUCCUCUAA